UAGAGCUAAGUGAAGCUAGCUAGUUAGCACGGAGCUGUUUACUUCCAGCUGUCAAGUGUCGGCGCUCCGGGCAGCGACAAGUUUUGGCCGCAGAACGUCUUUGGGGUGGCGCCGCGCCGUUUUGAAAAACUACGCUAAACGUUCGAAAGCAACUUUUCAACUUUGGCUUAGAAACGGAAAACUUUAACCCCACUCUGGACGCGCGACAAGCGCCAUCCUCUUGGCUGGCUGUUUUAUCACAGCCUUCUCGGAAGCCCGGAAACGAACGACACAAAAUGGAGGGAGGCAGCUCAGUGGUGCGUUUGGGAACUACGGAAAUUGGAAAAGUUCAGCAGCGCUGCGAGUGACGUAUGCAACAAAGCGUCACAAUAAUGCCGAAACAAUUACAUUUCGAUUUACAUAAAUUAUUUAUGCUAUAAUUAACGUGAGGUCUGUACAUAUAAACGAUCGUUUAAAUCAGUUUAAUUGUGGGAGUGUGGUUCUCAAAAAGAUUUAAUCGCACAAACAUACACAAAUAUAAAACGCAGGCAAGAAAUUAUAUUUUUAAGAAUAAUUUAUAAACUUCUCUCUCUUUCAAAAUGAGAAGUAUUCUGUAAAGGCUUUUGUCAUGGUAAUUCGAAACGUGUAUCUGAGUCAUUUGGUAAACAAACUACAUUAAAGUUAUUUUUUAGCGACAGAUGUAACCUAUUUAUGGCACAUUACAUUCGGCUUUGAAGCCAAAAAUACAAAAUAACACCCAAGACAUGUCUGAAUGCACCAAAAACUUAAAUUAGAUGAAUUUUAUGAACUUUUACUUUCAGCAUUCCGAGAAACAGCGACACUCGUCGGUCGAAGGAAGAAUAUUUUAAUUGAGCACAUCCGGUAGACUACUUCCGGUAAAGAUGGCGCUGAGCAGAGCCUACACGACGCUGUGGAGGACAUGCAGGCUGUUGACACCCAGACACCCUGUCCCUCCUCUCGCUGCAGUCCGGACUCAGAGCUCAGUUAGCGGGGACAUAGCGCCGCGGACCUCCCUGUCCAUGCCUCCGUGGCCGGAGACGAGGUUGUUACCGGAGGAGGAUCAGCGCAGACAGCACGCCUCCCUGGUGAGCACCGUCAACCAGCGGAUAGAGAACAGGGACUUCGGUCGACUAUUCGCUGUGGUCCACUUCGCCGGGCAUCAAUGGAAGGUCACAGAUGAAGACUUGAUCCUGAUCGAGAACCACAUCGAUGCGGACUGCGGCGAGCGGAUCCGGAUGGAGAAAGUUUUGCUGGUGGGGGCGGAGGACUUCACCCUGAUCGGCAGGCCUUUGCUGGGGAAGGAGCUGGUCAGGGUCGAAGCCACGGUGGUCGAGAAGACCGAGUCUUGGCCCAAAGUGCACAUGGUGUUCUGGAAGAGGCAUCGUUUCCAGCGCAAGCGGUUCAUUGUUCAGCCUCAGACGGUGCUGAGGAUCAACCGUAUCGAACUGGCACCGAGACUGGUAUGACCAACAAACCUGGUGGUCCUGAAGGGGCCACAAGUGCCACACGGGACUCUUUAGGCUUACGGUAUUUGUCUCUUGUACCACUGUAAAUAUAAAUAAAACGUUUGUAAAUCAACUAACAUCGUCUCAACUCUAAAAAAAGCAUUUAGCGCCUAACACAAUUACGAGUGCGUCUAAACACCUAGCGGUGCGAAUAAACCGUAGCAGGAAGGAGUGUGCAUCAUAUCAACAAAUAUUGGUGUACCAAUCAAUUCUUUGUCACUGUGAGUGGAGAUUUACCCGAAAAUGAGGUUUUAUCGUUGUUUGUAUGUCUUUUUGUAUAUCUGCUACUAUUAAAGGGGUGGUAGUUCUCUUCAAAAACUAGCAAACUGCUAUCGGUGCUAACCUAGCUGUGGUGCAUUCGGGUGCAUCACGUAACUCCUCUGGCAGACGUUGCCGCUGCAUUCUCGUGAUAAUUUACAAAGUCACGUGAUAUUUACAAAACCAACCUGAAUGUUGUACUUGUAACACACCUCAACGUUACACAAAUUAACUUUCAGACUGAGUGGACAAAAAAAAAAGUUUGACGAGAAAGCAGGGCUCACUUCAAAAAGUAUUUUAUUUCUGUAAUAAAAUUCCUUCGAUCCAGGAGGAAACGGAGAACCGACAUGAAGGCACUGUGGGAACAUUCCUCCUGCGUGCUAGCCGCAAAGUGGACAGCGGAGAAGUUGUCAUCACGAGCGUGUAGAGCAAAAACAACCUGAGAGCUCACACGACGGAAUAACAACCUGCUCGGGUUCUUCUUCACGCCUCGGUCGUCGCACACGUUUGACAGAAGACACCAGAAGGAGACACAAUUUUGUCAAAUAUGUGAAUGAACCAUUUUCAUUGUUUUGGGACAAUUUUUCUCACAAACGUAAUUAUUCCGGGGUAAUUCAUAGAAAAAUAACAGACUGAAAAUAAUCUAUGAAGUCCAAAACACGGCACGCUAACUCGACAGGACAUUCGUGCACGUAAUAAAGUCUUUGGGGGGCGUUGGGAGAUAAUAGCGCAGUGUGACUAAAAUUGCAUUUUUUUAAUUUUUUUUUUCUAUUAAACGCAGAUUAUCGUAUUUAAAUAUUAGUAGACUCAGCUAGCCACCAGCUAGGAUAAUCCCUGGAAACGCAACGUUUUGGUGUCUUCUCCCAAACAUGUGUCCACCGACGCUUGCCUUGAAGAUGAGCAGCUCGUUUUCAUUCAUCCUUCCGUUCUUCACGUGACUAGCCCACAAAAGCUUUCCAUUUCUCGGAGGUGAAGAUAGAACACCAAGCAGCAGCAAUGAAGGCUUUCUUUCAAAAUAAAAUUUCUAAAAUGAUCUUCAGCAAUCCAAUUAGAAUGGUCCAAAAUAUCGACUCCUCUUCCUCAACGUUCUCGUCGGCCGUCUGAGCGGGUUUCUUCUGUUUCUGCGCAUCCUCCGAGCUCAUAUCGAAAGGAUCCUGCGGUGCCGUCUGGUCGUGGAAGACCCUCAUCUCGAACUCGCUCUCCCUGUGGGAUGGGUGUCCAUAGAUGCCGAUGCCCACGGGGCGUGCAAAGUCCAUGGGGACCACCACCACGUCCCGGCCGCAGGUGGCCGACUGCAGCUUAUAGCUGUCGAAACUGGGUCGUAGCGUCUUAUCUGACACGUAGAGGUCGGCGUCGCCCUUCAGGCUGUGCAUGUGCAGGACGAUGGUGCCGUCGUGGUUGAGCCGCAGGUAGCUGUAGUUCCCCGCCCCGAUGUGGCCCUGCACUACGUGGAGCAGAACCCAUUCUCCGGGAACGCUGUGCUGCUCCUCCUCCUCCUCCAGGAAGCUCACCAGGCCUCGGAACUGAAGCAGCAGGAGGGCGACGGACAGGGUGCGGCGGCUCAGCAUCAUGGCCAAGACAUCUGUCAAUCAAUCAGCGCCUGGGUGAGAACAGAUGGUUCUGUUCCACUGGACACACCAUUAGGUACACGACUUGUUUACUUUCAUGACUGGUACUUUACGCUACUGCAUCAUACUGAACGUUCUUGUAUCAUCUUGUGUCA